CCUCUCUACCUCCCUCUGCUCUUAAUCGAUAACUAGUAAUAAACUGGAUCAUUAGUUGGUGUUUUUCUCAGUGUGUUGAACUCACAGGCAUGACGGCCUUAUCGACCAGAGGCCUCGUUUCACAUCUCCACCACCACCUCCGCUCUCUGUUAACGCCAUCCGCCGCAACCCCAACGCCCCUCCCUUUUCAUGCCUUAACUAGAAGACUCUUCAGCUCCGAUGCCUUGAUGGAUGACUCUCAAAUCCUCCAUCAACAACCCACCCGAAUCAUUACGGCCACCCCAUCGGUCAUGACCCCAAACUCCAAGAGAACGGGGAUCAUUGCUGUCAAGUGCGGCAUGACUGCUCUUUGGGACAAAUGGGGUGCUAGGUUACCCAUUACUAUUCUUUGGGUCGAUGACAAUAUCGUCUCCCAGGUCAAGACUUUUGAGAAAGAAGGAAUUUUUGCCCUUCAGAUUGGUUGCGGCCACAAAAAGCCUAAACAUUUGACGAAGCCUGAAGUGGGUCAUUUCAGAGCUCAAGGUGUUCCUUUGAAGAGGAAAUUGAAGGAGUUCCCCGUCACUGAAGAUGCUCUUCUUCCCGUUGGUACAUCCCUUGGCGUUCGCCAUUUUGUUCCUGGACAAUAUGUAGAUGUCACUGGAACUUCUAGAGGGAAAGGUUUUCAGGGUGGAAUGAAAAGGUGGGGAUUUAAAGGAAUGCCAGCAUCUCAUGGUGCAUCAUUAUCACAUCGGAGUAUUGGUUCUACUGGCCAGAGGGACGCUCCUGGAAAGGUCUUUAAGGGGAAAAAGAUGCCCGGGCGCAUGGGUGGCAAUACGAGAACGGUUAAAAAUGUGUGGGUAUACAAGAUAGAUCCUGCAAGGAAUUUGAUGUGGGUGAGAGGUCAGGUCCCAGGUGCUGAAGGGAACUUUGUCUUUAUAAAGGAUUCCGUUUACAAGAAACCCGAUGUCUCAAUUCUUCCGUUCCCAACGUUUUUUGCCUCAGAAGAUGAAACUGAUAUAGAACCCCUAGUUGCUGAUCUUGGAGAGGUGGAUCCAUUCAUGAUAGCAGAUUGACGGGUGGCCGAUUAACUUACGGAAGCGUAAGAAUGUAAUACGAGAUUAUGGUUAAUAGAGUUGAAGAUUGAUGUAUGAAUUUUUGAAGCAAUUGAUGACCAUUGAUUUCUCUGUAACAGGAAUGGAGUUGUUUUAAAUAAAUGGAAGGGAAUGUGAGAAU